UAAUAUAUAAUGAAGGACUGGUUUCUAGGAAAAGUUAACGAAUUGGGAGAAAAGGCGGUGGAUUCUGUUGUUAACAUCGUACUGUCGCGAAAUGACAAAACUAUCACGGAAUUUAAACAGACACCGCUAAUAGCGGCGAUAUCCAAAAGCGUCAAUUCGCACAUUACUAUCAAGCAAUCUAAUCUGGGAGUUAAUACCGGCAUAUCAAGGAAUGAAGGAAAUCUGGCAAUGGCACAAGUGGAUCUCAUAGAGUCCAGAUUCGUGUGCUAUCCCACACAAGUGCCUAAAGCAACGUCGCCAAUAACCACCAGAAUGAAUCGUGCCAUGACGGAGCAACAACGGGGAUCCAUAUAUUUCGAUGGACUUGGAGCUAUACCAACAAAUGUAUGCAGAUAUAGCGUGUCGUUGAGCUGUGACGGCAGGAUUGCUACCUCACCAGCGAUUGAAAUGACAGGAGCUGGUUAUAACAGUAUACAGUGGAAUCAUAUAUUCGUCAUGGAUAUCGACGAUAUAUGGGUAGACCUAAAUCUGAUAGUAAGAGCAGAAAUGGAUUUCAAUCAAUUCAGCCAACAGCAGCAUGGUAGACAUUCCAUGUCACGCUCCUCAACAGGCGUUAAGCUUCAAAAAAAUACAUCGCAAGUGUCACGUGGUGAGACUGUACCAUCAGAAUCUGCUGAUGAACAACAUCUGGAGUCAGUUUAUGGAAAGACGAAAUAUGUACAGCGUAUUGGAAGGGCUAUCCUAUCAGUACCCAUGCUAUUAGAUUCACUAGAAGUACAUAGCACGGAUACCCUCAGGGAGUCCAGUGCGUUUAGUCACACAGAUAUUCCUACGGAUGAUUACGAAACCCAGGAAGUACCAAGCGUGGAGACUAUAUCAAGGCAAGCAACGACGUCUAAAGGAUAUGAUCUAUCCGAAAGGAUGCAUAAGGUAUUACAUGAAAUUGAUACGAAUAUUAAUGAUAACUUGAAAAUAGACAGGAAAGCAUCGCAAAGCGAUUUACUGAGAAAUAGAGAGGCCAAAGAUAGUACGAAUGUACAUGCUGCAUCAAACGAUGAAGGAUCGUUAUCGGAUGAUACCUUUGACGCCAUAGAUGAGUAUGUAGAUAUCGUAACAAAUGGUGACCAUCAGGCGCAAGGGUCUGAUACCACAAAUAGUGCUUACGAAAGUGCUGAGUUGGACACCAGACCAGUAACUAACAGUGACAGUAGUAACAGGUCACGCAGUAACUCGGGUAGUACAUAUGAACAUGCUACCGAAUCAAGUCCAAGUGAUGUUCUGAAACGUUACAGUAGUGGCACGAAGUCACCGGGGUUGUCGGGACCUAAUACAGAAAACGUUCUCGAUACUAAAUUUAACGAGCCAGAUAUAUCGCAUGUGAGUAAUGUCAUGACUAAUGAAGCCUCUAUGGAUGCCACGCAACGUAAAAACAGCAGUGAUAGUGCAUCCGGAUUGCAUAUAAACCCUGUAGACGGUUAUCCAUACUUUGUUGAAACUAUUGCAACAUUGCAGAUGCUGCCAUUCCACGAACAUAAAUGGGAUGACUCUAAGUUCGUGAAACCCUCAGAAGGGUACCCAAGCUACGGUAUGAAGGCACCAACACUGCCGCUAGGUUAUAUAGAUAUAAGAGUAAGGAUUUACCUCAAAAACAAACCACAGCUGCUAGCGUUACUAAGCUGCAGAAAACCACCAAGGCAUUUCUGGAGAGUACCCGCAGAAUUCGAAAUGUUCCAUACAAGCAUGAUAGUUAAAAGAAUGGCUGCAUUCAUCAACGAAAAGCCAAGGUGGAUCAACCAUAUGCUGCUGCCUACAUGGCCAUAUAAGCAUCCGUUCUAUAUACUUGCUUUCUGGAUUAUCGUGCUAGACGCAAUGGUAUUUGCGCCAUUGCCAAGGAUAGUACUUGAUUUCUAUGCACUAUUGGCAUUAGUGGCUAUAUACUACAGACUGGAUGUAGGACCCAUGAAGUAUUAUGGUCUAUGCGAUACACAUAAAGAAGCACAGAAUGUAACAAGAGAUGUUGUGGAGGACUAUAGCGAUAUAAAGGGGAUAUCAUUAAAGAAUUUAACACAAAGAAGAACAUCAAUAAACCCGGAAGAAGAAACGCCUGAGAUAUUGUCAAGUAGAUCAGAAAACCAUGCUACACAAGUACCACAUAUGAAUGUAAAAAGAGCGGAUUCAGAUUCAAGAAUAGGAUUAAAUGAAAGGAAAGUAUCACCACAACGUGGACACAUAACACUAAAGAGAUCAAGUUCUAAGAUUAUAACACCCACAGGAUAUCGUGAAGUUGGAGCUAGGAGAUAUAAAGGUGGAAAUCGCUGGGCGAUUUUCGCCGAUGACCUAGAAGGAACGAACCUAGAAGAUAUUGUCAAAAAUAUAAUCAACAUCAUGCUGAAAGUACAACUAGCAUUGGGAUACGUCAUAAUGGCACUAGACAAACUGAAGUAUUCAUUGGGAUGCACGGAUUCAUUGUCGUGGCUCAUGGCAUUAAUCACGCUGGCAUGUACGUCAGUACCAAUCUGCGCAACAGCAUACGUCAUCUGGAAGGUACCAACGCUGGCAUGGAGAUUAGGAUUCUACAUCAUAGUGGCCAUAUACUGCUUCACAUACUACUGGACCGACGAAAUUCUAAUAGUUGAAGUUAUAAAACAAAUUUUCCGGCUGAUAAAAUUCAAUUGGGUCGCCACACACCUUAAAUACUGGUACCAAAGAGCGCCAGACUCAAGAGAAGCGGAACACCGCGCGACAACAAUGCUACAGAUAACGAGAAAUUGAAUCAUGUACACAUGAUCGCA